AUGAGAAUCUUCAGAGUCGCAUCAGUCUCACCGCGGAUCUCCCCGUCGAGUCAAAACGUUUCUUCAAACAUCGCCGGAGCUCUUCAAGAACACAUCAACUCUCCGUCCCCAAAAUCCGGGAAAAAGAUCCACGCCAAUAUCAUCAAAUCCGGGUUUAUACCAAAUCUCAACAUAUCCAUCAAACUACUAAUCCUCCAUUUAAAAUGCGGCUCCCUGAGUUACGCACGCCUAGUGUUCGACGAAUUACCCAAACCAACAUUAUCAGCUUACAACUACAUGAUCAGUGGCUACCUGAAGCACGGAUUCGUCAAAGAAUGUCUUCUCCUAGUCCAACGUAUGGCUUACUCCGGCGAAAAAGCAGACGGAUACACACUCUCCAUGGUUCUUAAAGCAUCAAGUACUAAACUUGCCUCGACGAUGACGAUUCUGCAGCGUAGCUUAUGCAGGUUGGUCCAUGCCCGGAUUAUAAAAUGCGACGUUGAGCUAGAUGAUGUGUUGAUCACUGCACUUGUGGAUGCGUAUGUCAAGACUGGGAAGCUGGAGUGUGCAAGAACUGUAUUCGAAACGAUGAAAGACGAGAACGUCGUUUGUUCUACAUCGAUGAUCUCAGGUUACAUGAACCAAGGCUUUGUCGAAGACGCUGAAGAGAUUUUCAAUGCGACCAGAGUAAAAGAUAUCGUGGUUUACAAUGCUAUGGUGGAAGGUUUCAGCAGAUCAGCUGAAACUGCUAAGAGAGGAGUUGAAAUGUAUAUCUCGUUGCAGCGAGUUGGUUUCCAUCCGAAUAUCUCGUCUUUCGCUAGCGUGAUUGGAGCGUGCUCUGUUUUGACGGCUCAUGAGGUUGGUCAGCAAGUUCACGCUCAGGUUGUGAAGAGUGGAGUGUACACGCAUAUCAAAAUGGGGAGCUCUUUGUUAGACAUGUACGCGAAAUGCGGAGGAAUCGAUGAUGCGAGAAGAGUCUUUGACCAAAUGGGAGAGAAGAACGUGUUUUCUUGGACUUCGAUGAUCGAUGGAUAUGGUAAAAACGGAAAUCCUGAGGAAGCACUCAAGCUCUUCGCUAGGAUGAAGGAGUUUGACAUCCAACCGAAUGAUGUGACCUUUCUUGGAGCUCUCUCUGCUUGUUCGCAUUCUGGUUUGGUUGAUAAAGGGUAUGAGAUAUUUGAGAGUAUGCAGAGAGAUUACUCCAUGAAACCGAAGAUGGAACACUAUGCUUGCAUGGUUGAUCUCAUGGGACGCGCUGGAGAUUUGCGUAAAGCUUUGGAGUUUGUUAGGGCCAUGCCGGAGAGGCCUAACUCGGAUGUUUGGGCUGCUCUUCUCAGUUCUUGUAGAGUGCAUGGUGAUGUGGACUUGGCGAGCAUUGCUGCGAAUGAGCUUUUCAAACUCAAUGCUGACAAAAGACCCGGAGCUUAUAUAGCGUUGUCUAAUGUUUUAGCCUCUGCUGGUAAAUGGGAGAAUGUGAGCGAGAUUCGUCAGGUGAUGAAAGCUAGAAAGAUACCUAAAACCAUUGGUCGUAGUUGGAUCGGUGCCGAGAAUGCUCAAUGA